AUCCAUUCGCACUCUUUCCCACCCUCGUCUCACCCUCUCCUGGCACUGGGCAGUGCGAUACAGUAUAUCCGUCCUUCAAGCUGCUCUGACUUGUGUUUGCAAUAUAUAGUCGUCUUCUGCACCCAAUCUAGUUCGUGGAACUGACUCCGAGUCACCCUCAAUCUCAGUUCCCGACGGGGUGUUCUCGCCGAGCUAUUGAGCCGUCUGCGAUAACAAUUUGCGAAAUGGCAGGGCCAGCUUCGGUUUCAUCCCAUUCCGCCACCAGGAGCUCCAAACCCGUGCCAACCUUGUUCAAUCGCCCCGAUGCAGAUGCCAUUCUGUACUCGUCGGAUAAGACACACUUUCGUGUGCACCGUCAGAUCUUGUCGGUAGCUUCCCCUUUCUUCGAGACCAUGUUCAGUUUACCGCAAUCGACGCCAUCUUCCGUUGGCAACCUACCAGUCGUCCCGAUGGAGGAGGAUGCUCGUACGGUGGAAGAUCUCCUGCGUAUUUGCUAUCCAGGGCGGGAUCCGCAGCUAAAGACGUGCACGGCGUCGGAAUGGCAGCACAUCGGCGGAAUGGUGCGCGCAGCACAGAAGUAUGACUUGGCCGCGGCCGUAGAGUUCAUGGAGGCAACGUUAACGGCCAACGCGGACUCCUUCCCUCUGAUCGUUUACUGCAUCGCAUGCACGCACGAUAUGGAAGUGAUCGCGAAACAUGCCGCACGUAGCCUACUUGCAUGCGUGAAGGAUGGUCAUGGGCUUAACAUGGAGCGUUGGUCGGCACUCGAAACUCUAUACGUGCCGCAGCUGGAGGACAUAUCUGCUGGAUGCUACCACAGGCUCAUGCAGGCUAUUCGUGGCGGUAAGCUCCCUGACGGCUCUCGAGUUCGUUUACACGGAGCCACCAAAGAGACCAAUACGAACUCCCGAAGGACCUCCGUCUGUACCCUGGACCGCUGUCCAGAUAACGGCCCAACGGAGUUUACCCUACGCGCCGCGGAUGGAAUCGACUAUAAGGUCUCGAAGAAGACCUUCCUAUCUUUUCGACCUCACGCAGCCGAUACAAGCACUACUCUGUCUUUAUCAAUACGGAGUAGCGUGCUCCAGUUGCUGCUGCCCCUCCUUGAUGCGAGUACAACCACUGAAGAGCUCCAUGAUUGCAAAUCGGUUGCACCAGCGCUUCGUGCCGCGGCGAAGUACAAGAUGGACAAGCUCCAUGCGGCUCUCAAGAAACGAUGGCUGGAAUUAUUUGCUGGAGACCCUCUCCGCUCCUACUUGAUCGCCUCCGUAUAUGGAUUAGAGGAUGAAGCGGUCGGAUCAGCGAAACUGCUGCUGUUUCGAACGAUGCUGGAGCUUCGUGCUCUUUACGUGCCUAUCAUGGAGAGUGUCUCAGCCGGAUCUUACUUCCGUCUUCUGCGAUACCACAAGAAGUGCGCGGAUGCGGCAGAUGGCGUACGCAAAGCUUGGUUGAAGGCAUUUCCGCAAGGCUUGAAAGUUCCACAAACUUGUCCCCAGCGCCGAUGUAGCCGGGAAUAUUCCAAGCGGUCGCGUUGGAUGGAUAUAUGUUUCACUCGCCUCUACGCCAUGCGCGACUGUCCACGCCAAGACGUAGCGGAGGACAGGGCACUACUCGGAGAGUUGUGUUUCCAAGCCGGAAAUUGCGCAAGCUGCGCAGAACGGGUCUCAAAUACUAACGUAAUGAAAUUUCUUGCCGCAUACAGCAAGGCGAACAAAGAGGCGAUCUCGAAGGUCGGAACAAGCAUGCUCUUCAAGUAAGGGCUAUCAAUAACUCUGCCGGUGUGUAGUCUGCGCGAAGGCAUUGUGUGACCUCGAACUGACGACGUACGCAAUUGAUUGUUCAGGUAGAUACGAGCAUGCUAUACACGACUCGAUCGUAGCUUUGCCCCAUGACUGGAGUCCGUCCGGCCACUUAUUAUGUACUUACUUUGUGUGAAACCCUAAUCAAGCCAGUUUGUGUUGGCAUCAUGAAC